CCGUGGGUGAAUCAAAAUAAAUAAUAGGGAACAGCAUUUCUCCUUGCAAAAUCAUGUGCCUUAUCCUUUCGCUUGGGUGCUGUGGCAGCUCCUCCCCGAAGCCCUGCCAGAAGCAAAGAAAACAGCAGCAGCAGGAGCAGCACUUGCAGCACCAGCCGAAGAACUACCACUCGGACAUCCAGCUGAACGAGCUGUCGCCCUCCUCGUCCUGCCAGGUGACCACCAGCCAGCCAUCGCUGCCCAGCAUGAGUCCCAGUCUGAUGGCCCUGCCGCCCAGGAUCGCCACAUCGAGCACAUUGAGCUCCUGGGCCGCCGAGGAGGAGCUCUACGACGUGGACGCCAAUGAGGAUCGCAUGCCAUCGAGGUGGACAGCCUGGUGGCUCAAAGGGUCCUCCGUGGGCGACCAAGUUUUGGGCGGCUACUCCUCGAGAGUAUCCUGAUUUCGAACCCCCAUGAAGAACGAAUUAAUACCCUCACGAACAUUAAAAGAGACUUAUUUUUAAAUCGAA